AGGGCUCUUUGGGGCGGCUUUUAGCGAUGGCCUAUUUGUGCGUGUGUAGGUAGCUUAGAGUUCUUGCAUUGGCGCACUGGCGCAUUCUAGUAGCGGUAGAUAUAGCGGCAUUGGAGGCUUCGAUCGAUCGAUCGAUUCACGGAGGCGCCGGUGCCGCGCUGCUCGAAAUUCUUUGAUCCGCGGCGUGUGGAUCUGCAUUGGCGCUAGGAAUCGCCUAGGUCGCGCUCGCUGUGCUAGAUCGACCCGGCUAAUCGAUAUUUCGGGCGCUCAAGCUCGCUUGACGGCCACUCCAGCUCCAGCGGGGGAUGACUGUGAGGCAUUGCUUCACUACCCUAGCAGCGCUGGAGGACGAGGAGGCGUCCUUCGUGAAUGCAGGCGGCGGCACAUCCCCUGCAUUCUCUCGCUCGUUUAUGGUACCAGAUGUGCGUAGAUCUGACACAUUUCCAGUGAAGCCGGGCUUGAUCGCGCUCCCCUGAUUCGCAGCAUUGCGAUUUUCUUUCCAGCAUUGGUUUGGGAAGCAACGCAGAGGAUCGUCUGAAAUUUCGAGGUAAAUUUCUAUCAACCAUCCACUGAAUCGUGGAUAUGGCGCAGUGCUAUGCGGAAAGCAAGCCCAUCGGCACUUUCGACAUGCAUGGCGGGAGGCUGUAUUGCUCUGGCUAUGGUGGCGACCAUCUCAAGCCAUUUAGAAGCUACUCCAAGUACGCGGCGGCAUCGGCGGCUAACAGCGCGGAGAUGAUCGUGCCAAUGUUUUUCAAGCAGCAGAAGCACAAUCAAACCAGCCGAGCAUCGCUUGAGACCGUUUCCACGAGCACCACUCUGGAGGCGGCGAAUCCUCCAGAGGCCGAUCGCAUCGCAGAUGCCACUGUCAAGCUGGGAUUGCCGAGCGACGAGAUUCCAAAGCCACCUGUGAUGAGGAAACUGUCUGGGGAGCUUACAGCGCCCACCAAGAAGGCCGAUUCCAAGACCGAGAUCGGGAGUUCCAGAUCCGAUGUAGACGGUGCGGUCGCAGCUCCCAAGCCAUCCAGUAGACACAGCUCGGGAGAAAUCACUUCGGAAGUGGGAGAGGCUCCAUCGACAAGCCAACCUUCGAAGCUAAUUGGCGGUGUGGUGGCCAAUGGCAGUGGAGGAACUAUUGGUGGUACGAGGACGAGGAUUUCUAAAGCCGCAGCAUCGUCUCACCAAAGCUGGCCUAGCAGCCCAGCUAACUUUCGACCGGCUCCAAGGACUCGCAAUCUCAGCGAAGGAAGCUUUAGUAUGAUCUUCCCGGAGGAGGGACACAGCAGAUUAUAUUUCACCAGUCCAACGAAAGCGAGAUCGAAGGAACCAACCAAAGUGUCUGACGUUCAAGACAGCAAGGCCGGCUUCGCGACGAACUCUGCGUUUCCUGACAGGAAGCCGGAUGGAGUUGUGAGAGUAACUCCAAAACGAGGAGAGUUGACGGAAGGUGGCGGCAAGGCAAGGAGUUAUACCGGGAGUCCUCCUCGAACGCUGAACAAGGAGGUUCCAUCCAUUCGACAUUCCAGAAACGUGAGUGAUGGAAACUGGGGAGUGUUCAACAAUGGCGCGAGGGGAGGCAACCUUUUCCGGUCAAACCUUUCAGCCUCUAAGCCUCAGGUUCCUGCUGCUGAGAAAGCUACGCCUCCAUCGAUCAAGCCAACCGGAGCAGCAGCAAAAGUUCAAAGUGAAGGGAUGAAUUGCGGGUUUGUUUCUGGCGGUAGCUUUGCCAGAGGCGGUGUCCCUGCCGGUGAGAAGACCUCCGUUGCGCAGGAGUCGACGAUACCAUCUUACGGCAGCGUAAGUAAAGGUGGUGCACUCGCUAGUAGCAACGAUCCUCAAAAACCGAACGGUAAAAAGGUCACGGCUGAGUCUUAUGGAACUGGAAAUGUGUUCCUCAUGGGCGAAAGUAUGUUGCUGAAGAAGGCUCUCACCAGCAAGGACGCAGAAGAAGUUAAGAACAUCGGAAACGACCAGUAUAAGAAAGGCCACUUCCUGGAGGCCUUGUCUCUGUACGAUCGAGCGAUAUCUUUGUCACCUGGUCAAGCGCCUUACCACAGCAACAGAGCAGCCGUUUUGGCAGCACUGGGACGCUUGGUUGAGGCUGUACAGGAAUGCCAACAAGCCAUCGUCCUUGAUCCAAGUUAUUCUCGUGCACACUUGCGGCUAGGAACACUGUUUCUCAGACUAGGAUGGACAGACGAGGCGAAAAGGCAUUUGCAAGGAAAUGAAGGCGGAGACUUGCAGCGAUUGGAAAGUAUUGCUCUUCAUCUAGCCAAGUGUCACGACGCGAGAAGGCUGAGAGAUUGGCAAAUGGUUAUAAGAGAGAGUGAUGCGGCUGUCGUUGCGGGUGCGGAUUCCUCGGUCCAGGCAUACGCUCUCAAGGCAGAAGCUCUGCUAAACCUUUGUAAGGUGAACGAAGCUGAUAGGGCCAUUUUGUGCGCCCAGCGGAAUUUGAAACAAAAGCAUGUAGUGGACGAACGCGUGUACUUCAUCGCUCAAGCGAAGAUAGACCUGGCUCAAGGACGGUUUGAAGAAGCGCUUCAAGCAGCAGAGAAAGCUAGCGCAAACGAACCGUUCAAUGCGGAAGUUUCUGGAUUCGACAAGACAGUCCGUAGGUUAGUGAAGGCAAGAGCAACCGGCAAUGACCUUUUCAAGGCUGGCAAAUUCCUCGAGGCUUCAACCGCUUACGGCGAGGGAUUGGAGCUCGAUCCAGAAAAUGCCAUCCUAUACUGCAACAGAGCAGCAUGCAGGUCGAAGCUCCGGCUUUGGGAGAAGGCUAUUGAGGACUGUAACGCUGCCCUCAACGUACAGCCCAGUUACACAAAGGCUCUUCUCCGACGUGCACAGUGUUACACCCAGCUUGAGCGAUGGGACAGUGCACUCGAAGACUACAUGGUUCUGAAAAGUAAGCUUCCUGGGGACGUGGAAGUUGCCAGGGCACUGUUCGAAGUGCAAAUCGCUCAGAAGAAAGCAAGAGGAGAAGAAGUUUACAAAGUCAGUUUUGGAGGAGGUGGAGUCGAGGAGGUCUAUAGCCCCGACCAAUUCAAGGAAGCCAUCACAUCUCCAGGUCUAGCUGUCGUUCAUUUCAUAACCAGAUGGAGCGAGCGGUGCAAGCAGAUUACGCCGUUUAUCAAUUUAUUGUCAAAAAGAUAUCCUUCUGUCAACUUUGUCAAGGUUGAUAUCGAGGACCACCCAUUUCUGGCCAAGACUGAGGGUGUAGGUACCGUCCCAACUUUCAAGCUGUACAAGAACGGGCUUAAAGUAACCGAGAUGCUGGGUCCUAGCCAACAAAAGCUCGAAGAUGCGGUGCAGCACUAUAUUUUAUAGCCCGAGGUGCAUGACUUAGUGGAGGGAAUAAGGAGGAAGCACCAGUAGCAGGCGAGAAACAAUUUUUUUGCAGGCAAAUGAAAUAACUUCUUGGCUCGAGAAGUUUGCCUGGUGACUUAGAGAGCUACAUUACAAGCGCAGGCAGCCCAAGUGUAAAAAGAAAGGGUGUUAGAGACGGAGAGCAUGGUGGGCUGGCUGCUGCGACCUGAAAGCUUUGCUUUAUCUGUAGUAAGUGCUCCAACUCUUUUGUAUACGGAAGCUGGUUUUUUCGUUUCUUUACCUGUCUCUUUGCUUUCCCGGUAGAAGGCAUUUGAGAAAGCAAGCCUGGAUGCUUGCUUGGUAUUGGAAGCACAGGUUCGAGGCAGUUGCUUUUGCAGACGUUACUGAUUAUUUGAUGAGUUGCUGAUGAUCCAGGAAGAACUUUUGGGGAAUUGUUUUGUGGAUAACUUGAGUAUCUUCCAAGCGUUUUCAGGUCUGGGCUCUAUACUUAAUAAUUUCGGAAAGGCAAGCUCCAUUUACUCACUUACAUUCCUUCGUUGCAGGAUAAAGACUCGCUCCUCUGUGACUUGCAGCAGUCAUUGGUUUUAAUGAAAUACAAGACAUGUUAGUUUUCAAUCAGGGCCGAGUUGGAGAGGUACCUCUCAACUCACAAUCUCUUUCACUUUGGAGGCGAUUAAAUGUUCGCAGUCGUCACUCAACAAGUCCGUGCUCUCUGGUGCUGCAUCUUUUUUCUUGCUAAAUCACCACUCACUCGUGUGUUCUUGUUACUUUUCGCAAUUUUUAUAUUUCACAAGGAGCCUCGUCUUCCUGAAUCCUGGCUGGCUGCCACUAUACGCCAAGCCCAUGCCUGUACUGAGCAGCGAUGCCACUGGAGGCAUCAUGGCUUUGUGUUUGGAACGGCAUUCUCUCUUCUUGCCUCAAUCAAUCAACCAACGUGCUCGCUGCAGCAGAGAGAGCACAUCCUUGCGGCAGUCUUUCUUUAUUCCUGUGGACAUGAUGGUGAUGAUGAGUUGAAGAGGGGCUCUCCUGCUCCUUGUGCAGCUGCGCACUGAAAGGCUCUGGCGAUGCUCCCUGGCGUCUUAUCUACUCAUCUGUCGUUCUAUCUAUCUACCAUACAAGGCAGGCAGACUUUGGCGUGGCACUGACUGGCUUUACUUGCUUCUGCCAAGUUUUCUUUGCAUUUACAUCUACGGUGUUUCACGAGUCCUUCGCAUUCACGGCCACUUCUUUCUCUAAACGCUUUACUGAUCCGACUGUGACUGUUGUUAGGUGGGCAGCCAAAGACAGCGAACAAGCCCAGGCGAGACGGGAAUUCAUUCGACUGCAUGGGAACUGUUGUAUUUUGUGAUUGGACUUUCUGAUACGCGCAUUCAUGCAGCCAGCCAGCCAGCCAGCCAGAGCCUGAACCAAUCUCUUUGAAACAAAGCAUUCGCCGGACGUCCCCCUUUUUUCUACAGUAAACAAGUAUAUUGUAUCAGCAGCCAAGUAAAGUCGAGUUCGUGCGGAACCUGGCCCAGUCAACCGGGAGGAAUCAUUUUCUUGCUUCGGCUGUACUCUCUGCGACGGAGGAGCAGCACAAGCGUUGGCAAGCAACACGUGCUGAGCAGUGACGCCCACUCCACCACGUCUGGCACGUAAGGCAUGGCCGCGACAAGCUCCUCUGCCUCCUUCACGUAGCCGGCACGUCCAAACAGCCGGACCAUGCAACAGUAGUGCUGCUUCGUUGGUCGAAUUCCAAAGUCCAUCACCAUGGAGAUAAAACACGACUUGCCAGUCUCCAGCUCCCCGUCAUGACAACACGAGAUGAGAAGGAGCACAAAGCAGACGUCACUGGCCGCGUCCAGAGCGCUCAUGCCCAUGAAGAGGUCCUGCGCGUCUUUGGCAUGCCCAGCGUGGGAGUACCCAGCCAGCAUGGUGCUCCAGGAAAUCGAAUCCUUGCUGGGCAUGGCGUCAAACGUUCGUCUUGCAAGAAGGACACGACCGCUUUGGAAAUAGGCAGACAUGAUGGUGUUCCAAGAGACUACGUCUCGCUCUGGCAUUUCAUUGAAGGUGAUCAGAUCUUUGAGCGGGGUUUCGAGAAACAGUGCCCUUGCGGCUUCCAGAUGACCGCCACGCGUGUACGACGCCACCAUCGCGUUCCACGACGUGGUAUCCCUCUCUGGCAUCGUAUCAAAGAUAUAUCGUGCGAAAUCUACAUGCCCGGAUUGGGCAUAGGCAGCCAGCAGUGCAGUCCACGACACAAGAUCUUUCUGUGGCAUCUUGGCAAAAAAAAUUCUGAUCGGUUCAACGUCUGGAUCCUGAGCAAGUUCUUUUGCAGCACCAUAGUUCUUGCUGCGACAAUACAAUGUGAGAAGUAUGUUGUACGAGACGAGAUCGCGCUCUGGCAUCUCACGAAAUAGAAGCUCCACCUCUUUUAAGCG